AUGCUUCGAUCUCCAACCAGGACCAAGACUAGCUCUUUCGGCGGCUCACAGGUGGAUUUCCAGUUCCCACCUUCUCCGUCUACCAUCCAGGAAAAGUCGUUGAACAAUUACCAGAUGUCAAAUCACCAUUUGCUCAAUUCCGCGGUGCUCGCACGAGACAAUGCGUCCAACCUCUUCUCCGAUAGCUCUGCAGGUCUGUCCAACGGAAUUGACAGUGGCAAUUACUCGUUCGCCAACAUAUCAGACAACACAACUGCACGCCAAGGCGUCCACAAAGGUCCCAAAGCAUCCUAUGCAUCGUCUCGGGGCUCCAACGCCUCCAUGGUACGCCAAAGAUACCCUGAAACUCUUGCACCUGGCUACCCAUCAGCUAGAAAGUCCGAUACAGCCGCUUUUCUUCACAGGAAAAGAUCACCCGACAUGAUGGGCCACCAGUCGAUAUCCACAGAUGCUUGCACUAUACCAACAGCAGAAAACAUAUCUUUCCAAAUCACCUUCGAAUCCAGCCCGAGCGAGGACUCACUGGUCAGCCUGAACAAGCCAGCGCCCGCUGAGCCAAUACAACCGUCAACCCGCAAAGAAAGCAUAAAGUUGGCUAAAAAACCAUCCAGAGCUAGGACUGUAUCGUCAAAUCGCUCACGUAGCAAGCUCAAAAGAUCCGCCGCGGUGCGUUGUAAAGGAGGCCUCCUUCACUUCUUCUCACAGCUCAAAUCGCGCACGAAGAGUGGAGUAAGGCGAUGGAGAUUGGCCGUAAGAAAGAAACUUUUCACCUACAAAGCCAAAAGGCUGGCUAAAAAGAAUCAAAAGCAAACCACGUCACAUCUCAAAAGAGCCAAUGGAUACGUCUCUAAUAUCCAAAGAUCCAUUUCUAAUAACUCCAUCAAAGUCAAGACUGUCAAGUCCGAUACUGCGGCGAAUGUUGCCGACACACUUGCAAAAAAACGCGAAGAUGUGCAAACUCCAGUUCAAAACUCACAUAAAAAUGGUCACAAUUCCCUGCGACGUUCUCCUUCGUCCAUCAAAAGAGCGGCUUCAACGUUAACGCGUGUAAACACUCUCGCAAACGCUUCCUCAGAAACAGCAAACACAAUUGGCUCUGAACCUAGAUCCAAGCUGGUCAGAUCUGAUCCAUCCGUGUCUUUGAGCUCAAUUGUUCGUCAACCUUCAAUAGUUGUCAGUAAUAAAGUCAUUCCGCUGUCUAAGCUGAAUGGCGAAAUGAACGAUUUUAGCAUCAAAGAGGAGGAUGAGGAUGAGUACGUUAUCGAUACUGAGGUCAUGAAACGAAGCGACGAUAACAUGUCUUUGAGUUCAAAUCAAUCGUCAAGUUGCGAUGAGCAGGACUACCAGGAUACCUUCGAAUAUCCUCACAAGGAAGUGCAUCCUGAAAUCUCACAAGAAAAAGUGUCAGUGGCAUUGGAUGGUUGGAAUCACUAUCUGCGGGCAGUCGUGGCCCAACGCAUUGCCACUAGGCUUCAAAUCCGGAAACUCCAAUUGUCAGGAACUGACGCAGCAUGUGAACAGCUUAUUAAGUCUCUAAUCCCAGAUCAUGACGGCUGUUCUUCGAGUCGCUACAGCGAUGAUGUUGAGAAUGAGCUUGGAUCUACGACUUCUGGAAGUGCUCACAAGUCACCAGGUCAAAGUUCCUUCGACACAGCUUCCAGGAGAAAUGAUAGCAGCAUGACUUUCACACCUUUGAGUUCUGCUCUUCAAAAUAGCGUCAAGAGAUCCUUGACGCUACCUGUGGGAUUGCGGGUCUGA